GAAUAUAUACUUGGAGCAUAGCGACCAUCAUUCGUUCUCUGGCGGCAGACUGCGCCGUAUCAGCCACGAUCCUCUGUAGUAAAAGUUAUUCCUGUGAUCUUAUCUUCAUCGUUAAUACAUUACGAAAAAGAGACCUAAUUGUUAUAGAAGUGGAUCAGUUGAUGAAGAUCCUACGAUGGACGCAAAACAAAUAAUAGGACUGAUUAUACUGAGACUUCUGUCUGCAGUUAUAGCAUCGGUAGUCUUGGCAGGCCUGCUCUUUAGAAGGUGGAGAAACGGGGAAAGCUUCUUCACAAUCAAGCCUCGACCUACACAACCAUCCAUCCUCAAUGAUAAAAAAUGGGGUACUCACAGAUAUAUGACUCUAAAGCAAGGAAUCCGUCUGCAUUAUGUUGAGAAAGGCAGCAGUGACAAUCCCCUCAUCGUAUGCCUUCACGGUUUCCCUGAGUGCUGGUUUUCUUGGAGGCAUCAACUAGAAAGUCUUUCUGAUAAGUACUGGGUGGUAGCUGUGGACAUGCGUGGUUACGCCGAUUCUGAUAAGCCUUCAUCCAAGUCUGCCUAUGACAUCGAACUUUUGGUGGAGGAUAUAAGGGAAUUCAUACUUGGCUUGGGUCAAGACAAGUGUGUUCUCAUGGCUCACGACUGGGGUGGUGCUAUUGCAUGGCAGCUUGUUCUGAGAUAUCCUGAGCUCUUCCAUGCUCAUGUCAGCUGCAAUGGCCCUCAUCCUGUAGCAUUCAUGAAAGUUUUAAGAAAAUCGUGGAAACAGCUGUUCAUGUCUUGGUACAUGGUAUUCUUCCAAACUCCAUACAUCCCAGAGCUUAGCCUGCGCGUUAAUGAUUUGGAAAUGUUCGAGAAAGCUUUCCGUACAGGACAGCACAAAGAAGCUUAUCCAGAUGAUGUCUUAGAAGCUUAUAAAUACUACUAUGCUCAGAAAGGUGCUCUGACACCGCCCAUCAAUUACUAUCGCAACAUCGAUUUUGGAAGAGGUACAGAGAACAUACCCAAGGUCACUGUCCCGACCCUUAUCGUAUGGGGCAUUAAGGAUGCAUAUCUCUCCAAGGAAAUGGCGAUUUUGGCAGGAGCAGAAUGCGAGACCUCUGUCGUCAAGUACUUGGACAACGCCACCCACUGGGUCCAGCAGGAUGAGCCUCAGCACGUGAACAGCAUCAUCAGAGAGUACCUGGCUUCUAAAUCACUGUAAAUCCACUUUUUAUACCAAAUAGAAUGCAGUAUUAACAGUAUUGGUGCAAGCUUUACAUGCUUGGUACCAUUGCCCAAUAGAAUAAAGGGUAAUAAAAUUCUUUGAAUUUGAAUAAUAGGUGUAAAUUUUACAUAACUUGGUUCCAUUGCUCUACAGUAGAACUGGAUAAAAUCUUACCAUCCGAGUCUAUUUCUCAAGAAACAUACUAUUUAUUAGGAACUACUAGUUAUAUCAUGACUGAAAGUUAGUGCCCUUCAUAUUUCAAUAAUAAUUAUAUUUAUGAUACUAUGAGUUAAAUUUAUUUUAUGGGAUGCAAUGAGUGCCUUUCAAAUAGCAACAUCAUUGUAAUUUAUGAAGCUAUGACCUUACACUUUUGAAACUGAAGCAAUCAGUGCCUUUCAUAUUUCAAUAACAUUGUUAUUUAUGACAACAUGACCUUACAUUUUUGUAAAGCUAAUUCGAUGUCCAUUAUGCCCAAAAAUUUUGGAACUACAAUUGUUAGGAUACUUGUAAGAAUAUGCAGUAUGUAAUUUUUCAUUUUUUGCUCGAAUAAUUUUACUGUACAAUGCGUAUUAUCACUUUUUAUGGUACAAACUAAAUCCCCAGGAUGAUUUUGUAUUGUUACCUAUAGUAUUGUUUUAUAUUGUUGUAUGGUGAUACACUUUUUAUUUUAAGUUCAGGAAAUUUCUGACUAUUGUCACACUUAAACACAAAUAAACAUGACGGAGAAUGUUAAAAAUAAUUCUAGCACAUUCUAGCACCCUAAUAAUAAUAAUUUUCACAAAGCUGUGAAUAAUGAUUAAUGAAGAUAAUGCAAAGAAAAUUUGUUAGAUUUAAAAAAAAUUAAUACUGUUGUGCCUACAUAGGCAAUAAACAUUAUCAAACA